AAAACAAAAAAGGAGCAGUCAAAUCAACAAACCCCCAAACACUCCACUCUAAUCGGAAACGCCUCAUUCCCCUCCGCCGGCGACAUUCAAGAACCCACCAACCGCCGCCGCGCCCCUCUCCGCCACCAAUAUGGACUCAUCGUCGCAUCCAAAGAAUUUCCGGGCAGCCGAUUAUUUCCAUUUUCUCCUGUAUGCCCUUCUCUUCAUCGGCUUCAUCUACAUUUUCAUCAUCUCCACUAACCCCUCCCAAUCCGAGAUCUUUCCCACCCAUACCCCUCCAUGCGAUCUCCCCUCCAUGGCCAAUAAAAGGCUAUAUACGAUGGCGAUCUAUAGGGACAAGCUGGACGAGGCGUUGGGGAGGGCGAGCAGGGAGGACAAAACGGUCAUUAUAGCGGUGGUGAACCGGGCAUACGUGGAAGGGGACAAACCCAUGCUGGAUCUGUUCCUGGACGGGUUCUGGGUGGGGGAGGGGACGAGGGAGCUGGUGAGGCACGUGCUGGUGGCCGCCGUGGACCAAACCUCGUACGAGCGGUGUGUGUUCCUCCGGCUGCUGCACUGCUACCGGCUGGAGACGGACGGCGUGGAUUUCGCGGGGGAGGAGGUGUACAUGUCCGAGGACUUCAUCAAGAUGAUGUGGCGGAGGACUCAGUUCCUCCGCGAUGUUCUGAAGCUCGGUUACUCCUUCAUCUUUACGGACAGUGAUGUUCUCUGGCUAAGAGAUCCAUUCCCCAAAUUGAUGAGCAGCCACAACGAAACCCUAGAUCUUCAAAUCAGUACGGACGACUUCAACGGGGACGACCGGUCGGAGUCCAACCCGAUCAACACCGGGUUCUACAUGAUCCGGUCCAACAACCGGACCAUCGCGCUGUUCGAUUCCUGGUACGACAUGAGGAACUCCUCGGCCGGGUUGAAGGAACAGGAUGUCCUGAACAAGCUGAUCCGCCAUGGCUGGAUCGAAAAGCUGGGCCUCAAUGUGAGAUUCCUGGACACCAAAUUCUUCAGCGGGUUUUGUCAGGACAGCACCGAUGUCAGGUCGGUGGUCACCGUCCACGCCAACUGUUGCCGGACCAUAUCCGCCAAAUUGGCCGAUCUGACGGCGGUGAUUCACGACUGGCGGCGGUUUAAAAGCCUCUCCGGCGAAGACGUUGAUAACCGGACGGCUGCCUUUCGUUGGUCGCACCAUGUUAACUGUGCGGAGUCGUGGAGAACACCCUAGGUAGGCCCAGGCGCAUGUGGGUGCAAAAAUAAAAGACACACAUAGUUUUCACAAAAUUAAAUUCUAUUACAAAUAAUAUACGGAGUAGUUAUAGGAGUAUUAUUUGUGCAAUUUUUGAUGCAAGGUUUAAGAAGUAAAUUGUGCAGAAAAUUACUUUAGAGUACUUUUGAUUUUCAAGUAAUGACUCUCACGUUUCAUAUUAUUUGAAAUAUACUUUUGGGUGCACU